AUAAGUAGCUCGUUGACAGUAAUCGAUUUAAAUAAAAUGCUUACUUCAUAGCAACACAGAAUUUUUAUUUUACAAGUAAAUUAUUUUUUUAAUUAACUGAUUAUACCGACUGCAAUCUAAAACAUAUAAAACAAUUAAAAAGAAAAUGUGCGAUUUGUAGUUGAUGUCUACAGCGUAGUGCAGAAGGCAGUGACACAUAAAUAAAUGGAUAAAUAUUUACUUUUCUAAAUUCGAAGGUUAUUUGUAUAUAGCAAAUUUUUAAUUUUUACUUACAAAAUGAACAGUUUUAAAGUACACGAAGAUAUAAAUUUAUAUAUAACUAAAGAUAAGUUUUACUUAGAAUCAAAGUCUUCAUCUGCUGUGCUUAUAAUUGACAGGAUUUCUGAACUUCUCAGCAUACAAAACGACACCAAGUCAAUACCGACGUCAUGCACAUGGAAAGUAAUAUAUGGUUUAUUAGGAAGUGUCCCUCUUUUGGCAGGAUCUUACCUUAUUGUAGCAACAGGCCGGGAACAUGUAGGUCACAUUGCUGGGCACUCAAUUUGGCGCUUAACUAAUUUCGAACUUAUACCUUAUCUAAGGAGCACCUUACACUUAAACCAACAACAAUUAGAAGACAACCAAGCAUAUGUCACUAUGGUAGAACAAGUGUUAAACACUCCAAACUUUUACUUCAGUUACACAUAUGAUUUAUCACAUACCAUGCAAAGAUUGCAUGAAACAGACCCUACAUUCUUAAAUCAGUCCUUAUUAGAACGUGCUGAUCAACGUUUCAUCUGGAAUAAGUACUUACUUAGCUCUUUUUACGACCCAGUAUACCAUAAAUUCUGUUUGCCAUUAAUUCACGGUUUUGUGUCUAUAAACAUAUGCACAAUAAAUGCAGCAAGCUUUUCUUGGUCUAUAAUUUCAAGACGAUCGAUAUACCGAGCAGGAACCAGAUGGUUUAAAAGAGGUAUUGAUAAAAAUGCAAAUGUAGGAAACUUCGUAGAAACAGAACAAAUUGUUGAAUAUGAAGGGGACAGGUACAGUUUUGUACAAUUAAGAGGCUCCGUCCCGUUGUUCUGGGGACAAACGCCCAAUCUCUUGUAUAAACCACCAAUUCAAAUCACAGAAGAAGACCAGGAACUUGCAAAGCAAGUUUGCGCUAAACAUUUGGAAUCUUUGACUCUAAUGUACGGUAAAGUGGUUUUGAUUGAUUUAAUCGAUCAUAAAGGGAUGGAAGAAAAAUUACAAUUAGAUUUUGAGAAUACAGUGAAGAGUCUAAACUUCAGCUCUGUUCAUUACGAACCUUUCGAUUUUCAUAAGGAAUGUCGUCACAUGAGAUGGGACCGAUUAUCAAUUUUAGUUGAUAGGGUUGCUAACGACCAAGACGAAAUGGGAUAUUUUCUGUUAAUGAGAGACGGAUCUCUGGCUUCCUUACAAGAGGGCGUCUUCCGUACCAACUGCAUCGAUUGUCUUGAUCGUACUAACGUCGUUCAGAGUAUUUUAGCUCGCCGUUCUCUGAUAAACGUAUUAAAAAAACUGGGAGUGUUGCAACCCUUACAAACGACCGAAGACUACCCCAAUUUUGAAUAUUUGUUUAAACAGGUAUGGGCUGACAACGCGGAUUAUAUAAGCAUUCAGUAUUCAGGUACGGGUGCUCUGAAAACAGAUUUUACGCGAACUGGUAAACGUACAAGGGUUGGUAUGUUGUAUGAUGGAAUUAAUUCCUUAACUCGUUAUUAUAAAAACAACUUCAGUGACGGAUUUCGGCAAGAUGCAAUAGAUUUGUUUCUAGGUAAUUGUAAAGUAAAAUACCCCUUGAAAGUUGAACGUGGCUGGAGGUAUGUAACGAUGCCAUCCGUAUUACUUGUUGCUUUUGCUAUGUUCGUAGCCUGUGCUACGUUACCUUCAGAACAUUCCAGCGAGUCCUUGUUGUUUCUUCUGUUUUGGGGUUGCAUGGUGGCUACUACGUCCGCAGCUAUCUUACGACAUGGUACAGAAUUCGUCGAUGUCCCCAGGCUAACCACUUCCACUUAGCAAAUUAUUUAAAUAAUCGUGAUCACGAAUGCAAUUGCAAUUCUUUAGAAAUUAUUAUUAUAAGUGGUGUAAGUUAAGCUGAAAUAUCAUUUAAUGAUUGUAAUUAUUAUAUUAAUUUCCUUAAUAAAUAAAAAUCUCAUUUCACA